AUGAGGGAGAUUAUUUCCUCUCGAACUGUGACUCUUUCCAAAUCCAAGGAGCGAACCUGCACUCUUGAGUUUGAUGGUGCUUCAAAGGGAAAUCCCGGACAAGCUGGUGCUGGAGCUAUACUCCGAUAUGAUGAUGGAACUGUGAUUCAGGGUCUAUGGAAGGUUAAAAGCGAAAACCUCUUGAAUCUGUACAAGGAGGCAAAGGAAUUGGUGGAUAGAUUCCGUUCGUUCCAAAUUGUGCAUGUCCUCAGGGACUUGAAUUCCGAGGCUGAUGCUCAGGCUAACAUAGGCGCGCAACUUGCCGGUUAG